CCUCUUAUUCCGUUCUUCCAAAUAUGACCCACGCUCCUCUGUCCUCAUCGGAGGACGCUAGAUAUUAAUGACACCCUGCCAGCUGUGUUCCUAAAUUUCCUAAAUUUUGAUCGGGCAACACGCUGGACUUCUGUUCCGGGACCCUUGAAAACAAUGACCCUUGCGGCAUACAAAGCAGCGGUUGUCGCUACCCUUGGCUGGACAGCACUGGCAUCUUGCCAAUGCCUCUGCCUCCCCGAGGAUCGUUGUUGGCCGUCGAGUUCGCAGUGGGACGCACUCAACGCAUCUACUGGCGGCCGACUAAUUUCCACCGUCCCCCUGGGAAGGCCGUGUCACGAUCCUCACUAUGACGAAGCCGCCUGUGUUGACUUGCGUAACAAAUGGAAUGUUCCCUCGACUCAUUACGUCUCCUCAUCAUCCGUAAUGCAGACAUAUUUCGCCAACCAGAGUUGUGAUCCCUUCACACCGGAGCCCCAACCGUGCGAGUUAGGAAACUACGCGAGUUAUGCGGUCAACGUGUCAUCGAACGAAGACGUGAUUGCCGCCGUUCGGUUCGCCGGGGAGAACAAGAUUCGUUUGGUUAUUCGCAACACCGGACACGACUACAUGGGCCGCUCCACAGGAGCCGGAGCUCUAUCGAUUUGGACCCAUCACCUGAGUGAGAUCGAGUAUGUGGAAUGGUCGGAUAUCCACUACCAGGGACCCGCGUUCAAAGUGGGCAGUGGGGUGAUAGGGGCCCAGGUCUUGGAAGCCGCCGCUGCGCGGGGACUAGUCGUGGUGACCGGAGAGUGUCCGACCGUUGGGCUGGCUGGAGGAUACACGCAGGGAGGCGGACACUCCGCCCUAAGCACUGCGUUUGGCUUGGCCGCGGAUCAGACUCUCUCUUUUGACGUGAUCACGGCGGCCGGGAAACUCGUCACCGCGUCCCGCAGCGAGAACGAGGACCUGUACUGGGCCCUCAGCGGCGGCGGUGCCGGGAACUACGGCGUCGUCGUGUCGGCCGCCAUCAAAGCCUAUCCUGAUACCACGGUCUCUGGUGCCUCUCUUAGAAUCUUGACUGCAAACACCACCCGUGAGCUUUUCACGGAGGCUAUAACACAUUUUCACUCGCUCCUACCGGCGAUGACCGACGCCGGGGUAACAGUUAUUUAUCAGAUGUCGCCGCAACACUUCCUCAUAAACCCCCUGACAGCCUACGGCGGGACAACGAGCGAUGUCCAGGCCAUUCUGGCGCCGUUCCUCUCUAUCUUGUCCACUCGGGGUAUCCCGUAUGAGGUCUCCUUCACGGAGCACGACAGCUACUACGAUCACUACAACAAGUAUAUGGGUCCUCUCCCGGGUGGAAAUCUCGGAGUUGGCAUUUAUAACUUCGGCGGCCGCUUCAUCUCCCACAGCAUUCUUGAAUCGCAUUCGCGGACGGCCAGCUUGGUAGGGACGCUGCGGAACCUGACAGACCACGGAGCCUUUGUGGUGGGAGUUGGCCUAGACGUCUCCAACAAGACAGGCGACAAACUGCCUAAUGCCGUCUUUUCUCAGUGGCGCGACGCUGCCGUCACUCUACAGAUAGCGAAUACGUGGAACACAACGGCGCCGUGGGCCGAUAAUAUCCGUGCCCAGCUCCAGGUGACUGGCCAGUUCAUGCCCCAGCUCGAGGCUGUCACGCCCGGCGCCGGCGCAUACCAGAACGAAGCCGACUUCCGUCAGCCUCGCUGGCAGGAGACCUUCUUUGGGUCCAACUACGGGAUCCUCAAGGAAACAAAGUCCAAAUGGGACCCCGACUCCUUCUUUUAUGUCUUGAAAGGGGUCGGAAGCGAAGCAUGGUCGGUUUCGGUAUCGGGCCGGAUGUGCCGGACUGGGUCUUGA